AUGUUCAAAAAUACAAUCAAGUUGACUAGUACAGUUACUUUGAAUUUAUACAAAUCAAAUGCUUGUUUGGUCAAUAUGAAACAAGUUGUAGGAUCGACCAUGGCAACUGUACCAUCAACAUCAUCGUCGUCAUCAUAUUCAUUGAGAAGUUACUUUUCAUCAAGUCAAUCACUUCAACAUGGUCAUAGUCAUGGUGGUGUUCCAUGUGAUGGUAAUCAUGGUGAACCUAAACAACAACCACAACCAAAACAACAACCAAAACAACACGGUCAUAGUCAUGGUGGCGUUGAAUGUGAUGGUAAUCAUGGUGUACCAAAGCCACAACCAAAACAACAACCAAAGCAACAUGGUCAUAGUCACGGUGGUGUUGAAUGUGAUGGUAAUCAUGGUCAAAACAAUACAGCUGCUGCUUCAGCUGCUCCAUCAUCUUCACAACAACAAGAACAACAAUCAAAUUCAAAAUCAAUUUCAAUUAAAGAUUUGGCAUCAAAACAAGAUGUUAGAUAUGUUACCGAUAGAUUAAACAAGACUGAUUAUGAAUCAUUUAUUUGUUCGAUUCUACUUUCAGAAGAAGGUCCAAAGAUGACUUCAUUGGCUACACGUACAUUCAAUGUUGAAACUGCCACUGAUCCAAGUCCAGAAAAACGUCAAAUGUCAAAGAAUAAAUUAGCCUUUUGGAAAGAUGCUAUCAAUAGUAUUUAUAAUGGAAGAGUAUAUGAUCAACCAUUAAUUAGAGUAUUGGCACAACAAAUUAAAGAAAGAGGAUUAUCAAAGACAUGGUUUAUUAAAUUAUUGAAUAGACGUGACAAGGAUCUUGAUGCUGUACAACCAAAGGAUUUAGAGGAAUUGGAAGCUUAUUCUGACGACAUUAAUACAUCAUUGCUCAUGUUGACAUUGGAAUCGAUGGGAGUCAAGGGAAACUCUGACGUUGAACAUGCUGCCAGUCAUCUUGGAAAGGCUAUGGGUUUGGUUACAUUGAUUCGUGGUACUCCAUACCAUAUCCGUACACGCAAGUUGUACAUUCCAACAUCUAUCACCAACAAGUAUGGUAUCGUUGCCGAACUUUUGUUCCAGGGAUCCGAUGCCCAACAAGACAAGAUGAAGGAAGCUAUCUUUGAGAUGGCCAGUCGUGCCAAAGCACAUCUCGACAAGGCUCGUACCUUUGACGUGCCAUCCAACGUUCGCCAAGCUUUCCUCCAAUCGGAAAUCUGUGAAAACUAUCUCGAAAACCUUAGACAAGUAGACUUUGAUAUUUAUCAAAGACCUGAUACCAGUAAAGUAAUCUAUCUUAAAUUAUUAAAAAACAAAUUGUUUAAAAAGUUUUAA